CCAGGUCGUCUUGCACUGAUUGAGAGACAUGAGAAACAAGUGUUGAGGUUGAGUUGAUCGUGUGCAGUUGCUGGAGUUGUUGCAGCUUCUUGGCUUUGAUCUGCUGACGUCGUCAGCCUUGGUGUGGGAAUCCAUGUCAAGCAGGCACGGCACACAGGAUCACACCUUCCAUACCUUUCCUACCAGGUGCCAGGCCAGCCUUCCUCCCUGCCCCGCCUGAAUCUGCAUUUCCUCACUCCGUCUCUUCUUCUGGAGACGCUGGCGCUGGCGAACGACUUUGGCCUUACCAACUUCCAAGAAUUUGCUAGGUUGCUUGAAUUGACCUCUCUGUGGCCCUUGCCCCGUCCCGAACCGCACAUCCGAUCUGCAUCCAGUCACCUAGUCACCUAGUCACAAAGUACAGGUUCACGAUCUGACCACAUCCAUCACACACCUCCUGAAGCCCUUUCAGCGUUGACAGCAUGUCCAGGUAUCGACCUGACCCUCACUACUCCGAAGGUAGUCUUCCCUACCGAGAUCCUCCGCCUCAACGAUGGGACAGCGAUCGCUUCGCCCGCGAACGAGAUCUCCGCGGUCCGCCCGUCCUAGAUCGCCCUUAUGACUAUGGGUCUGCCCCUUCCCGUCGACCACCACUCUACGAGGAUGAGAGAUACUACGAGGACGAGCGUUAUGGAUCUCGCAAUCCUGUCGAACGCAAGCAAUACUACCAUGAAACCGAGUACUACGAUCCUCGUGCUCAGCGAGGUCAGAUGGUCCCCUAUAAUGCACGUCAUGAACCUCCUCCUCGCCCGGGUAUCCUCAGACGCCAGUCAAGUCUCGACACCUUUGAUCGCCAACCCGCUCGGCGUCCUUACGAAUACGAUGAGGGCUAUCGUCCUGCGAGACCAAUUCCACCACGAGAGUUGAUCCCCGUUCCUCUGCCGACUUCGCCUCCACAGAGGCAUCCCCGAUAUGAACAAUACUAUGACGACGUUCGCGUCCAAGAUCCGGACUACUACGGCGACGAUGGUUUCCGAGAGUAUCGUGAGAGGGAGUGGGUGUCUCGUAAGGCUAGAAAUAGCCCUUCGCCAGAGCGGCGGACUGUCAAAGAAGAAUUCAUUGAAGAAAAGAGGGAGGAGGUCAUCGAAGAGAAGCCAUAUCCGCGCCGCGGAAAGACUCGCAUGCCCAAGAGGUUGGUGAACACCAAGGUGUUGUUCGACCUGGGUUACCCUUUCUACGAGGAGGAUGAACGGACAAUUGUUAUCGAGAAAGCUUUGGGACCAGACAACAUUGACGAGAUCUUCACUUUGAGCAAAGAGUAUCGAGAAACCACGACCACGCGCUUGAUUGAGCCAGCUCCAGCCUCAGGUGCUCCGAGUAUACGUGCGCCAAGUCUGCGGGCCCCAAGCGUCCACGGUGGUGGCGGUAAUAUUGUCGAGGAAAAGAAAUAUGAAAAGGUGGAAGAAAUCAAGACAGUUCCUCUUGCCGAAGCUCCUCGAUCAGUUCGCGAGUGGGACGCACUAUCGGUACGAUCUCCAUCUCCAAAGGGUCACCGGUCACGGUCUCGUCGAAGAUCUCGUCGAGGAUCCUCUCCAGUCAUCAAGGAAACCAUUAUUGAGAAGGAGAAAUUGGUCCGAGAAGUCUCGCCCGCGCCGACCAAUCGCACCCGGAGGAGGGGUUCAUCUGUGAGCGACGAAUCAUUCAUCGAGCGCAAAAUCACGCGUGAAGUCGACUUUGAAGACUCGAACUCGGUCCACGUUGGCCCUCUGGCGCUGGUAGUCGACCGAAAGCCGGCUAGGACAGACUGGGAAAUUACGGAGGAAAUUCGACGCCUUGAAGUAGAACGAAAAUCUCUCAGACGCGAAAGACGCUCCGAACGUGGAGGGACAGAGAUUGUCAAGGUGGAACGGGUCCGGGAGAGAUCGCCCUCCCCUCGGGGUGCCGAGGUGAUUCUUGAACGGAGGGGCGAAGAAAUCCUCGAGGUCAGGAAGGAUCGCCGAGGUAGGAUGUCGCUCGUUGCGAAAUGAAUACCCUGAAACAAGAUUGAUCCUGAUGCGAUGUGGUUAGGUCGUGCACGGUCAGCCGCGCCCACUCCUGGCAUGAUCAGAGCCAUGAUGGCCACUUUGACUUGAGAACUUGCUCUGAUCAAGUGUCAAGCCCGUCUCACCUACGUGACGACAGACCGCACUCCCGAUGAAGAGCAGUGAAGGCCAUUUAUGAAUAAAAAGCGCAGAGGCUGCAGGUUGGUCUUGGUGGAUACGAAGGAUAUGUCGCGGCAGGAUUUGACUGCAGACCAGAUUAUGCAGAUGUGGGCGACGACGAACGAAUUUCAUAUGUUCUGAAUGGGGUGAUAGGUCGAUAUGUGACCAGGUCUUGUCUACCGAGACAUGAGAUAUAUACGAAUAUUUGUGAAUGAAGGAAGAGUGGUUUGUGGUCUAAGAUGAAUGGAGUAGAAUCAAUGCUGUCGAAUUUGUCUUUUCUUGGUGUCUGUUUGAAUACCACGAUUAGGGGCCGAUAUUACGUGCCAGGUAUUGUAGAUCGUGGCUACUUAGGUAUGGACCUGUUCAUGAAGUCUGCAGGGUCUGAUUAACAUUUUGAAUCCCA